AUGAAUACAAGUGAGGAUGUCAUUUUAGUAGACUCUGAUGUAGAAUUUCAAGAAAGUCAGCCUGCCCAAAAACGUGGCGGCAGAACUGCAAGACGAUGUGUCGGAAAACAGAAACCACAAGCAAAACAAAACAGAAAGUCUUCCAGACAAGGGAAAAAGUCAGUUAUUAUAAUUGAUGAAGAUGACAGCUUGGUUAUUUCCAAAGAUUCUAUUUGCUCUGUUUCUGUCGAUAAUGCAAAAGCAGGGAGUCCUGCGGACAGUCAUUCCAAUGAGUUGCAUUCUCCACAAUACACCGAUGUUAGCACAGUCACUGAGAACUCUCUAACGGCAGUGUCGCUGCCUCGUAGAACAGCCAGGCGUGGGCUAGCCAAACAUAAACAUGAAAUAGCGGCAAGUGACAACACAUUACCACAGAGGGCUGCAGUUUACUCCCAGGCUGUGGCUGGGUUCAAGACUUUAUUGUACGGACCUGAUUCUGCAGUUGUUG